AUGCGAGAUUAUGUCGGAAUGAUCGGCCCUGGAGGUCGGCCAAGCGCCUCCAGCAACAAUGUGCGCUGCCAAAACCUCCCUGAUCGAUGGCCGAAGGAAUUUGCAGCUGGAUUUGCGAAUAUAGAUAUGUCCACUGCAUUGUAUACGUAUUUAGUAUGCCAAUACUGCGAAUCAAUAGUCAGCCACGAGUGUCGAGUUAUAGAAGCAGGUGUUUCUUGUUUGAAUAACUUCACAAGGGGAUAUAGUGGUUCUAGGAACAAUAAUAUAACUAUACUACGAUUCAAAAUAACCAUGUACCUAAUAGGUCAUUCCUGUGAUAUCAGCUCCGGCUGCCACUAG